AUGUCAUCGAAUCCCUCCAAAGCACCCGUACUAGAGCUACUCCGCAAAGACGCAUCGCACAGUUUCGAAAUUCCCGCCAAACGCAUUCACGAUGGCGACGAUGUCACUUUCUUCCUGGCAAGCAGAGCCUAUGCCGAUAUAAUGACUUUUAUCUUCCAGCUUAACACAGCCAUGAUACCCCGGAAGAUCAAACAAUCUCAAGAGCAACGAGACAACACAGGCUCAUUCAAAGAGUGGAAAUUGAACGAUCCAGACGUUCCUCAUCCCCCUGUUGUUGCAAACCUCGCCAAGCUUCUCGACGUCCUCGCCUCCAUCGUCGACGAAGCACCGCCAGACCCAGGUCCGCGUCGCUUCGGAAACGUCAGCUUUAGGAUCUGGUAUGAUAUUGUUCGAGAAAGAGUGCCUGCACUCCUGGAUCAGUAUCUACCCGAACAGGUACUCGCCUUCAAAUCCGCGUCUGAUGUCUCUGCCAAACAUGAACUAGAAGCCUAUCUCAUCGGCAGUUUCGGUAGCUCUCAACGUCUCGACUACGGUACAGGCCAUGAACUCAGUUUCCUCGCUUUCCUAGGCUGUCUUUGGAAACUGGGCGCUUUUCCUCAUUCGGAAGAUGGCGAGCAGGAACGCGGUAUCGUUCUUGGAGUAGUGGAACCAUAUCUCGCUCUGAUACGACGGCUUAUCUUGACGUACACACUUGAACCUGCUGGCUCCCACGGUGUAUGGGGGCUAGACGAUCAUUCGUUUGUUCCGUAUAUCUUCGGCAGCGCGCAACUUUCUCCCGCUAUCGUUACGCCUGCAGAUGUCGCGGCAGAAGGCUCGUUACCGACUGCUCCUAACCCAGGCGACGUGGCCAAAGCCACCGCUGUAGCCCGAGAGCGAACGCGGAAUAUGUAUUUCAGUGCCAUCGGCUUCAUCUACGAUGUAAAGAAAGGACCAUUUUGGGAACACAGCAAUAUCUUGUACGACGUCUCUGGUGUUAAAGCAGGAUGGGCCAAAAUCAACAAGGGGAUGAUCAAGAUGUACAACGCAGAAGUUCUUUCCAAAUUCCCUGUAGUCCAGCACUUCCCGUUCGGCUCGCUUUUCUCCUUCUCAGCAGAUCCGAAUGCGAAAACCAUUCAGGCAAGUGUCCAUACUGCUAGUCAACCUAAGUCGAGUACACCGUCUACCACAGCACCUACUGCUCGACCGGGUCCACAGUCUGCGUUACGGGAUCCGAUGGCUGACCCUAUGGGUGGAGCAGCUAGGGGAGGUGGAGUUGGUACUGCUGCGCCUUGGGCGGGUGCUGGGGCUAGAACGGCGGGCGCUGGAAUGCCUCCCAUGACGGCCGCGCCGUGGGCUACUGCUGGUGCUAGUGCUAGAGGCACAGGUAGUACAGAUGUACCCAAUGGUCCGAAUCAGCCUACAAAAGCGCCUUGGGCGAGCAGAACGCCUGCUCCGCCACCGGCAGUAGGUGGCACUACAGCACCAUGGGCAAGAGGAAAUGCAGGGGAUACGCAGAAUACCCAAUCAAGUACGAGGGCACCUUGGGCGGAUAAGAGAUAA